UAUAUCUGUGGCGAUAAUUCGUUUUUUUUCUUUGACCACUGUUACUUAAUAUGCUACUUUUCUCUUAAAAUACUCUUAUUACUCAUAAUUGCCUACAAAAUUAGGGUUUUUUCAUUUAUUUUAUAUGUCUCCUUUAGAGGGGUUGAGGGGACAACUCUAUACAGAAUAGGGGGGCCCAUGAGGUCAGUGCGGAUGAUGAUGUGAAUGGUGAGAAUAUUGGCAGGAGCUGAAAACAAAUGGUUGGAAGGGAGGGGACAUCCUGUCAAUAAACAGACCUUUCCAUAUGUAGCCUAAAGAACAAUAAAUUCAGGGUCCCCGAGGAGCCACAGAACAAUGAAAUCAGGGUCCCCGCGGAGCCACAGAACAAUGGUCUCGCCGGAUCAGCGGGUGCCGGAGUCUGACGUCAGAGAGUGCAGUAUCGCAAUGCUGCCGCUAGGUGGGAGGCGCGAGUGCUCACAGCAGCAAAUUCCCCGUAUCCACUCCGGGUUCUGUAGUGUUGUAGCGCAGGGCCGCCGCUAGGUGGGAGGAGCGAGCACAGACAUUCCUAUAGUGGAGGAAUCAAAGUCCAAGACUUGUCAGUCAGAGCCAGUUGGGCAAGUUCUUGUUGUGGCCACUCGCUCGCGGCAGGAUGGCUGGGGGCUACAAGCUGAAACGCAGAAAGAGGAGCAAGUACCGAAAGCUGAGCCCGGAGGAGGGGAAAGAGGCAACUUGUGUAGAGGAGAAUCAUGGGAAGGUGCCGCAGGAGCAGCAGGUGCCGCAGGACUCAGAGUCCAAUGGGAAGAAGGAGAAGAAGAAGAAGAAGAGGAGCAGCAAAAAGGUGCACUUGGCUCCCCUGCCGGACAGGUACGAGCCCCUAGAGGAGACAGAGGAGCGAGAGAUCCCCCAGGAGAAAUCGUACAGGAGAAAACAGAAAGUAAAGAAAUAUGCCAAGAAUGUGGGGAAAGCUGUGCGCACUGGCUGCAGAUUCCUGCUGAUCGGAAUCCAGGGACUGGCCAAUGCUUACUCUGGUCCAACAAGCAUGACCUCAGUUGUACUGUCAUCUAUGACUCGCUAGCUGCUCAGGGAGACU